AUGUUAGUCAAUAAUGAUCAUUUAGGUGUAAACACAUUUGUAGCCAGUAGUCAUGGUAACGAUCAAUGCGGUACAAAUGGAUUACCAUUAACACCGAAUUCAAUUGUUAUUAUUGGACGUUUUCAAUAUUUAAAAACUAUAGAACAUCCAAAUCUUUGUCGAUAUAUUGAUAUUCGUAAAGGAACACAUGAACGAUUACUUGUUGUUAGUGAAUAUUAUGAAAGGAAUUUGGAAUGUAUACUAAAUGAAAAACAAUUAUUAAGUAUUGAACAAAUUCAACGAUGGUCACAUCAAAUACUUUAUGCAUUAAUUUAUUUACAAGAAAAACAAUUAUAUGCAAGAAAUAUAUCUUUAAAAAAUAUUCGAUUAACACAAUCAGAUCAAAUAGUUAAAAUACAAAACUAUGGUCUCUGGCAUAUGACACAAUAUGGUACAUGUGUUUCGUUUCCUAUUGGUGAUCCAUAUUAUUUAGCCCCUGAAUGUUUUGCACUUGAUUUAACAUUUAAAGCUUUUGUAAAAGCUAGUAGUAGUCCUCAUGAAGCUGAAAUUGAUGAUCCAGCUAAUGCUAAAAGUUGUAUUUGGUCAUUUGGUAUUAUCCUUCUUGAAUUAUGUUUAGGUCAUCGAUUAUAUGGAAAACAACCAGUAUCUGUACCAGUGUCAGCAAGUGUUCGAUGUUUAAAAUUAAAUGUACGAAGUGCAUUAGAUAUUUUAUUACGACAAAAUGCACUUGAUCAACAUGAAAGUUUAAAAAGAAAUAUAACACAAUUUUUUUUACCUAUUAUUAGAAAAUGUUUGAAUGUUCAUGUUCAAGAUAGGCCAACAUUUAUGGAACUUCUGCAAGAACUUGGUAGUAAACCAUAUAUUUCACCUAUUCCACGUUCAUUUCAAUUGACAUUAUUUGAUGGUAUUACCCCUAUUCUUGAUCAUAAUUUAGACUUAGCUGAUUUUAAAAAUCUUGAUUCUAGUCCAUUUCGAUGUCGAACAAUUGAUCAAAUUUAUUAUUUAUGGAAAUUAGCAGGUGGUGAUUUAACAGCUGUAUUAAAAAGUGCUGGUCUUAUUAAAAUAUCACCAUCAAUUAGUAAAAUAUCAAAAUUUGUUACUGAUCAUGGUGAUGUAUAUGGACUUCAACGUGAUGUAAAUACUUUAUUUGAUGAUGCAUCAUAUAAACUUUCAUUAAAAGAACUUGAAAAUCGUUUUAAUGAUAUGCCUAUUGAAAUACUUCAUCCACUUCUUGAAGGAGGUGAUCCAGAAUUUGAUAAACGUCAAGAAGAACUUGAUAAAAUGAUUGAACGACAACCAUUAGCUGUUCGUGAACAUGAUUUUGAAUAUCAAUUUCAUCGUUUAAUUUUAUUUGAACGUCUUCUUUCAUCAUAUCCAUAUCAAAAACAACGAUUAUAUACAGAAGCACGAAAAGAUAUUCCACCACUUUAUCGUGCAUAUAUUUGGGCAGCUUUACUUGAUGUUUCUGGUAAUGUAAAUGAUGUUUAUAAUCGAAUUGAUAAAGAUAAUACAACACCAACAGUAAUACGUCAAAUAGAAGUUGAUAUUCCACGUUGUCAUCAAUAUGAUGAACUUUUAUCAUCACCUGAAGGUCAUAGAAAAAUGAAAAAUGUUUUAAAAGCUUGGAUAGCAAGCCAUUCAAAUUUAGUAUAUUGGCAAGGUCUUGAUUCAUUAUGUGCACCAUUUGUUUAUCUAAAUUUUAAUAAUGAAGCACUUGCUUAUGCUUCACUAACAGCAUUUAUUCCAAAAUAUUUAAAUAAUUUUUUUCUAAAAGAUAAUUCAUUAAUUAUUAAUGAAUAUUUGGUUGUUUUUUCACAUGUAAUUGCAUUCCAUCAUCCAGAUUUAUCAAAUCGAUUGGAAACAAUCGGAUUUAUUCCAGAUCUUUAUGCUAUUCCAUGGUUUUUAACUGUUUUUGCACAUGUAUUUCCACUAAAUAAAAUCUUUCAUCUAUGGGAUAUGCUUUUACUUGGUAGUUCAUCAUUUCCACUUUGUAUUGGUGUGGCUAUAUUAACACAACUUAAACCACUUCUAUUAAAAGCUGAUUUUAAUGAAUGUAUUUUAUUAUUUUCUGAAUUACCAGAAAUCGAUAUUGAACGUUGUAUUCGUGAUUCAAUUGAUAUAUUCGUUGCAACUCCCCGUUCAUGUACUUAUCGAGAACAUGCAAGUGAUAUAACAAAUUAUCCAAUAAAUAAUGAUCUUGAUAUGGAUCCAUUUCCAUUCUCUGAUCUAAAAUCUGAACGUUGUCCACGAAUAUCUGCAAAUGAUAUUGUUGAAUUAAAUGAUCUUAAAGCUCCAACAGCAAGUUUAAAAACAUCCAAACUUCUUCUUAUAGAUAUUCGUUCAUUAGAUGAAUAUAUGAAAGCAGCAUUACCAUCAAGUAUUAAUAUAUCAUAUGAAAAAGCAUUUGAUAAUCAAGAUCGUAUAAUUGAUAAUCGUUUACAACAUAUACUUGAUCAACAUCGUUCAUUAGUUAAAGUUGUUAUUGGUAAUAAAAAUCAUAAACAAACAGUUGAUUUUACAAAUAAUUUAAUUACAAAUAAUUAUACACGUGUAUGUUUAUUACAUAAAGGCAUUGAUGUUUUUAAAACAACUGGAAUGCUUUAUGUACCAACACCAUCUGAUUUGCCUUAA